AUGUUCAGAGUUGAUGAGUUUUUUACCACCAUUUUGACCGGUGAGAACUAUGCGGCUUUAGUAGAUGUAGUGAAAAUUUUGUUGGUGCUUUCACAUGGCCAGGCGUCAGUAGAGAGGGGGUUCUCAGUCAACAAAGAAGUUGAGGUGGAAAUCUUGCAUGAGCCCCCUCUGGUAGCUGAGCACAUCAUUUGUGAUCAUCUAAGGGCACUGGGUGGAGUUUUCAAUCUGCCAAUUACAAAGAAACACCUUGCUGCAGCAACUCAAUCUCGACACAAAUUGGAGAAGUAUUUGCAGGACCAAAAGGACAAGAAUAAGAUGGAUGAAGAGCAAAGAAAAAGAAAAGGCGGAAGAAAUUGGGGAACGGACUCUUGUCAGUAA